ACGCCGCGCGCGCCGGGGCUAAGCCUUGCAAACUAGUGUCUGUGACCGUGUCCCUCGGCCCUCCGGCGGCCCUUCCUCGUGACGGGACUGGCUCCUUUAGACAAGAGGAAGCGAAGGAGACCCCUGCCACGUAGCCCGCUACUCGCCACUGUCACCCUCAGCUCGAAGUCCCGCGCGGGGGCCAGGGACUCGGCUCGGCUGCCAGGCGCGGCGACGCGGGUCGCGGCGUGAGCAGCUGCCGGGCUCUCGCCGAGCUGUUCUUGACAGAAUAAUUGCGUGAUUGUCCCCACCCCUGGGAGGGGUUGCCGGUACCGCGAGCUGCCGCACAGUUUGCAGCUCUCUCCUGGGAAGAUCCGCCACCAGGAGGAAGCAGGAGAAUCAACCUGGCCGAGGCGCAGAAGUGGCUGCUGAGGAAGCCGGCGCCGGGGCCGCCGCCUCGUGUCCCCUCGGGGCGCAGCUCGAGGAUUCUCGGGCCGGAGCGGAGGCGCGUCUGGAGCUUCGGGGGCGGCUGGACUGAGCGCGCGGCUGGGCGCACAGUCAUCUGGGGGUCGGCCGGUCUGUCACCCGCGCCCCGCGGGGUCCUGGAGCCCCAGGACGCCGGCUAGAAGCGACGGAGGACCGCUGCCGCGGGGUACAAGCGAGCAACGUCCCUCUCCAAAGCGGAUUCUGCUAUGACAGUUGGGUUCCUCAAGAGAUUAACCUGGGUGUCCUCGGGAAAGUUGUCGCCGAGCCGAGAGCCCUUGUAGGGGCCGCGGCGCCGCGGCUCGGGGAGCGGUCGUGGCUCGGUGGGGCCCGCACGGCCGGGGGGCUUCUGGGGGUGUGCGCCCCCAGCCGGCUGCCCUCGUGGAUGCCUCCCGGCGGCGGCGGGCCCAUGAAAGACUGCGAGUACAGUCAAAUCAGCACCCACAGCUCCUCUCCGAUGGAGUCGCCCCACAAGAAGAAGAAAAUUGCGGCCCGGAGGAAAUGGGAGGUGUUCCCGGGAAGAAACAAGUUCUUUUGCAACGGGAGGAUCAUGAUGGCCCGGCAGACUGGCGUCUUCUACCUGACGCUCAUCCUCAUCCUGGUCACUAGCGCACUCUUCUUUGCCUUCGACUCUGGAGAGGAAGACGUGCCACUUGGUCUCCAGGAUGAACUCGUCACACUGGCUUCCUGCUGUCCAUACCUAGCAGUGAAGAUCACCCCCGCCAUCCCUGUGGUUGGUGGCAUCCUGUUCUUCUUUGUGAUGGGGACCCUGCUUCGUACCAGCUUCAGUGACCCCGGAGUCCUCCCACGAGCCACGCCUGAUGAAGCCGCUGACCUGGAAAGGCAAAUAGAUAUCGCAAAUGGUACCAGUUCAGGGGGGUACCGCCCACCUCCCAGAACCAAAGAAGUCAUCAUCAAUGGCCAGACAGUGAAACUUAAGUACUGUUUCACCUGCAAGAUUUUCCGGCCCCCUCGCGCCUCCCACUGCAGCCUGUGCGAUAACUGCGUAGAACGGUUUGAUCACCACUGUCCCUGGGUAGGCAACUGUGUGGGGAAAAGAAACUACAGAUUUUUUUAUAUGUUUAUUUUAUCCCUGUCUUUUCUGACAGUCUUUAUAUUUGCAUUCGUUAUCACCCACGUCAUUCUUCGUUCACAGCAAACAGGAUUCCUCAAUGCCCUUAAGGACAGUCCUGCAAGCGUGCUGGAGGCCGUGGUGUGCUUCUUCUCCGUCUGGUCCAUCGUUGGCCUCUCAGGUUUCCACACGUACCUUAUCAGCUCCAACCAGACCACAAAUGAAGAUAUUAAAGGAUCUUGGUCAAAUAAAAGAGGUAAAGAAAAUUACAAUCCAUACAGCUACGGAAAUAUCUUUACAAAUUGCUGUGUUGCCCUAUGUGGGCCCAUCUCACCAAGCCUGAUUGACAGAAGAGGGUACAUCCAGCCUGACACCCCACAGCCAGCAGCACCCUCCAAUGGGAUCACCAUGUACGGGGCCAUGCAGUCACAGAGUGACAUGUGCGACCAAGACCAGUGCAUUCAGAGCACCAAAUUCGUUUUGCAGGCCGCAGCCACACCCCUGCUGCAGAGCGAGCCUAGUCUCACCAGCGAUGAGAUGCACCUCCCAGGGAAGCCAGGCCUGGGCACGCCAUGCACCAGCCUGACACUGGGCCAGCCCACACCACCCUCCUCUAUGCCCAACCUCACCGCCGAGGCCACGCUCUCGGACAUUCUCCCCCUGAAGGAUGAGCACGGGGGCCACCAGUUCCUGACUCCAGAUGAGGCGCCCUCACCACCCAGGAUGCUGGGAGCGGGCAGCCCUCUGACCCAUAGCCGCACCAUGCAUGUGCUAGGCCUGGCCAGCCAGGACUCUCUACAUGAAGACUCUGUGCGCGGCCUGGUAAAGCUCAGCUCCGUGUGAUCUGCAGGUGGCCCUGAGACCACAGGGCUCCUCCGCAGGAAGAGGGAGCCAACAGAGGCUGUGCCCGAAGCAGGGCGAUGACAGCCCCAGGCCUGGGUACAAAGACAACUGUGAAAGCCAACACACUCCUGUCUGAUAACAAAGAGCAAGGAGGCCCCAGAUCCUCUGAGCUUAAUUUUAUUUGAAAUUUCUUCUCUACCCUGAGCACUUUGACAGGAAAAUGAACACACAGAGAAGUGGCUAUUUUCAGGUAUUUGGGCUCUGCAGGGUGGGCCUGGGGAGGAAGGACCCUCACUGGGCAGAAGGAGCUGGGUGGAAAAGAAGCUUGCCUGGAUGCUGCACUGCCUGGAUGCUGCGCUGUCUGCUGCCCUUGGGACAGAUGCACAGAAGGUUCCUGAUACAGAAGUGGCCAGACUGAAAUUGCACUUAAGUGUUAUGCUACUAACAUUUGAAAGAGACAUGUCAUUUCAUUUGUUAAUUUUUUUUAAAUCCUAAAAGGGAAAAAAAAUACCCAAGCAGAUGUGGAUUUGCAUGCCACGCUACAGUCUGUGUUACAGUGGUGUUGGUAUUCCAAAGAAGAUACUGCUUUCUUCUUUCUUUCUUUCUUUGCUUCUCUCUUUCUUUCUUUCUGUCUUUCUUUCUUUUUUUCAGUUUUGUGAAUUUCCAAGUGCUGUUUUGUGAGAAGACAGCACAACAGACCAAGCCUUGUGGGCAGCACCACCGUCUGCUUACCUAGUUCGUUGGAUGGGAAGUGGCGGUGCCCGGGCUGUGGAGGCUGCAGGUUCAUCCUGUCCAGGACCAGUUAACCUUCUGUCCUGUAGUUAGAUGAGGUAUUGUGUUGUGCCACCCACUGCAGUCUGCACCUCCUUGUGUGAUGAACUUACCCUGGACAGCCAAUAAAAUGAUGUCCUCUGUUA